GUGCAGAUCGGUCGAGCUCCUGGACAGCCGGGCAGCAUCGAUUGACGUCAUCGAGAGGCGGCCAAGAUGGUUGUCAAUGUUGAUAAGUGGUUUGGUUAUACGGUGGAGCACCAGUGGUAAACAUGUGCGGAUCGAGGUGUUAAACGCCUGUUCUUUCGCUCUUGGUGUUAUGCCCGUCAAGUGAGGGCCCAUGUUGAUGAGAAUCCGAGCGUCGGGCUGGUCAUCGCGCGAGGAAUGGCAGCCUAUAGGAAAGUGUUGGAGGUACAACGUAUCUUGGACAUCACGCAAAUCAGGAUUGAAGUUUCUGUCGAUAUUCUCGACAGUAUGCGGACCCAGUGCGCCUCUACCUCGGAGAUCACUCACGAGGAGAUAAAAGACCUGGAGACAAAAUUAAUAAAAUUAUACUCCACACAACUUGUGACAAAGGCUACAUUGACUGACCCAAUACCAGCAGAGAUAAAUCAAUAUCCAUCAUUGCAACUAUGGUUGCGGACAGUUGGUCUCACCCAGGAAUCAAUUCAGAUGGUUUGUUCCCACGUUAAUACUCUUGAGGCCUUGAAAGAGAAGUCUGAACAUGAAUUAAGCUGCAUGUUAAAUGAAAAAAGUAUACAUUAUCAAGAGGAACAUCGUAGGCUCUGCAAAGCAUUGCAUUGUUUACGACAAUGCAUCGAUAUUAUGAUGAAAGAAGGUAUGGAAAAUGUAUGUGAUGAUUUGGAUUUAUACUGGGAUUCUUGGAAUAGUUAUCAUUUACGCAAUGAAGUCUUCCCUAAACCAAUUCAGUUUCGUACUGCACGGCGUUCCAUUCCAUCAGAAAAUAGCAUUCCAUAUCAUAAUAAUAACAAUAACAACAACAAUUUGAACAAUGAUAUGUUACCGUCAGCUUCUAUAGCCUCUUUAAUAUUAUCUAGUCCUUCUUAUAUCCCUUCAUUACCAAAGCAAGGAUAUGAAUUUAAAUUUCCAUCAACUCCUCCUCCACGUAGAAAAUAUUUCAUGGGUGUGCAAAAUAACAUAUUACAACCUGAGGAAAUAGGAGAAGUAUUUCCGUUAGCCAAGUCAAAGUCUCACGAAUCACACUUAGCAAGUCGUCCUGAUAAUAUUCAACUUAAUAAUGAUGAUAUAUCAUCUAGUUUUAAAAGUAAUUCUUCUAAGAAAGAAAGUGAUUCUUCUGUAAGAAAUCCAACAGAACCAAGUUCGUUUGGUACAAUAGACUCUGGAAGAGAAGAAAGUUUCCUGCCAUGUUAUAAUAGUCCUAUUAAAUCACAUAAUAAAUCACCUGUUAAGUCACCUGUUAAAUCACCUAUUAAAUCGCCUAUUAUUAAAUCACCUGUUAAACCAUCUAAUAAAUUACCUGUUAAAUCACCACCAUUAUCAAUCUGUACCACAAAUGCAAAAACUGAUGAUAGCAGUCUUAAAGAAACAGUAAAUCUUGAAGUGCCAACAUCUCCAUGUACUACUCCUACUGUGCUUCGCGGCAUAGGUCAUACAAUCACUCAUCGUUUUACCAAAUCUUUUAAUGUGAUGACGAUAUGUGACUAUUGUGAAAAAUCGAUGUUUAUGAACAUUUUAAAAUGCAAGGAUUGUAAAUACAGAUGCCACCGAGAAUGUGCAUCCAAAGCACCAGCCUCUUGUGGCCUACCUGAGGAACUCUUUAUGGAAUUUACACGAAGUGUACAUGGUAAUAAUGUGAAUGUUUCUCCAGUGUUAAGUAGGCCUGGCGUGACAUUUCCAAAUAGUCAUAAUGUAAAUGUCAUAGGUUCUUUAAAUCAUAGAGACAGGAGGCGAUCGUAUACACAAUCUUCUAUGAAUAUAGCUUUUCACGGCGAUUCCAGUCCAAAUAUCUUCACUUAUAACAGAUCUACGCCUUCUAGUCCAGCAUUAUUGUCAGCAACUAUUAGUCACAGUAUGCAUUGCUUUCUAAAACAACAAUUUUGUUUUCCAGAUAUACCGAACAAAAAAAGGAGACAUCUGAGAAAUUGGAAGAGGCAACACAAAGAUCCGAAGUUGAUAGCGAAUGUUUUGAAUGAUAAGAGUGAAAAAGAUGAUAUAUUUGAUACGUGCCAGGAUAGGAUAGUAAACAUUUCAAGAUCUGACAAUUCACAUUCACAUACGAUGCCACUGAGUAUUGAUUCUCUGGACUCUCUAUUUUCUGAUAAUGGAGGAGAUGAAACUGGAUAUGACUGGCCUCGACAGAAUAGUAUAUUGAUGCGAGAUUGGGACAUUUCAUAUAAUAAAUUAGUUUUUGGAGAGUUAAUUGGAGAAGGAAGAUUUGCUACGGUAUAUAAAGGUGUUUAUCAUGGAGAAGUUGCAAUUAAAGUUUUAAAUAUGAAUUAUUGUUCGAAUAAUGAGAAAAUAUUACAAGAAUUUAGAUUAAAGACAGCCAUGUUCCAAAAAACUCGACAUGAUAAUGUGACAUUAUUUUUGGGAGCUUGUACAAAUCCUCCACAAUUAGUGGUGGUGAGUCGUUUGACUAGAGGUCAAACACUGUAUACACUUCUUCAUUUACGAAAAGACAGGUUCAGUUUGGCUCAACUGAUGCGUAUAACUGAACAAAUUUGUCAUGGUAUGGGAUACCUUCAUGCUCGUGGAAUAAUACACAAAGAUCUUAGAAGUAAGAACAUAUUUUAUGAAUGUGGACAAAUCGUAAUAUCAGACUUCGGUUUGUUUGAUGUUACUAAAUUAUGCUAUGGAUAUAGGAGAAAUAAUGAAUUAAAUGUUCCACCCAAUUGGUUAUGUUACUUGGCACCUGAGAUUGUCCGACAACUAAGACCAAUAAGUCGAGGUCUGGAUAGGUUACCAUUUUCAAUGCAUUCUGAUACUUACGCAUUUGGGACUAUCUGGUAUGAGUUGUUAUGUGGUGAAUUGCCCUUUAGAGGGCAACCUACUGAAGCUAUUAUUUGGCAAGUCGGAAAAGGAAUGAAACAAUCUCUAGCAAAUUUGCAAACUUCCCGUGAAGUAAAGGACAUUCUAAUAUUAUGCUGGUCAUACCAUGCAAGAAUACGUCCGAAUUUUACAGAGAUAAGAAAUCUACUCCAAAAGCUGCCUUGCAAAAAAUUAGAACGUAGUUCCUCUAAUCCUAUGAAUUUUUCUCGUUCUGCAGAAUCUAUGUUCUGAAUAUAUUUAAGUUUAUUUAUA